CCAAAGCAGCGCCUCGUUCGAAGUUGGUAGCUGUGGCUGGGACGUAAAUGCUCUGUUCCUCUGCUGUUACUGACUCGAUGGCGACUUGUCUUAAUGGAAGUAAUUUAACACUAUGAAUUUUUUCUUCUGCAAUGUCAAGUGACUUCAGAAGUGCGAUGAUUCAAGUAAUUGCUCAGCUAUGUGGUCAAGUUGGCUUCGAACAAAUUACCGAAGCCUCACUCGAGCUGCUAAUCAGCAUUACAGACGCAUAUUUCCAUGCUCUGGUUAAAAAUGUACAUACACUGAUUGACUCAGGUAUUGAUAUUGUCAGUUGAUAAUUUCCCAGAUGGUGGUGCACAGGUAGCGGAUGGGUUGUUGGCUUUGCGUUUAAUGGGCCAAACACCACAAGGCCUUGCCAAUUUUGUAAAAGAAAACAGUCAGUUCUUUACACCAGCACCUUCUAUGGCCUGUGGACCUGUGUAUGGGAAAUUGUGCUUGAAUAUUCCAGAUGAAAAUCACCCCGAGUUGGAAGAGCGGCCACUUUUCAUUCCUCGGCAUUUACCGCUUAAUUUCCGUGAGGAUUUCGGUAAAUAUUGCAUACUUACCCUUCUAGAGUAGUUUAUAGGAAGUGAAACUUUUCCACAGGUAGACCAAAAUGUUAAAGAACCAGGUUCCGAUGGCUUUUCGUCACUUUCGUUGCCUUGUACACUCUCUGCUAACACCCAUUGUGUUUCUGGUUCAACCAAUUCAGUUAUUACAAGCGUUGCUCGUACACUUCCGGAAUGGGCGAGUAGAUCAACGUAUCGUUUAACAUGUGUAUCAGUUGAUCCUUUAACUAAAUCCUUAGUGGAACAUUGUCCACCAUGGAGACCGUCUGAAAUGCUUCAGUCACCGAUUCCAGAUAGCUAUGCAAGUUGUUCUACAAGUAAUUUCCUGUCGUCUAUUUCGAAAAGAGAACUUACUUAUGACUCAACGCCAGAAGACACUAAAGGUGCAUAUGAAUUACCACAGUCACCUGCGAAACAGCGUGGCGCUAGUGAUGAACAGUGGGCAGCAGCCUUACAGGCAACUCCAUCAACACAGCAGCCAAAACGUAUUGUCUUUACUCCUAGUCGAUUUGAUCCUAGUGCAACUCCAUCUUGGUCAGGGAUCAGACGGGUGUCUAGUUCAUCACGUGCCUCUUUAUUCUCUAAAAACACUAUUGGAGAAAAUUCAAGAAAUAAACGACAAGCAUCCUCACUUGCUUAUGUAACGGCACCAAAAGUUCCAAGACUUUCUACUGGUUGUCGAGUACACAGGCGGUCUAAAACUGGUCGCGGUCGAGCGAGAAGAUUGUCAAAACAGAGAUUUUCAAAGUCGAAUGCAUCGAGUUCUCCUAUUCUUGAAGAAGCUUCCGAUAGUAAAAAUAUAACAGACCAGUCAUCAAAUCCAGCAAAGGAAAUACCUGAUUUUAAAGACGAUGUUAUGAAUACAGAACUUUCUCCGUUGGAUUCCGAUGUUUCCACUCUAUCAAAUGGAAUGGAUUCAACUAAAUCUAUGAACGAUACACCAACUACUAUUCCUGAAAAAGUUGUUAGUGAAGAUCGUGCAUCAAAUAGAAUCGAUUCAGAAGAGGAAAAGCAAACUGUCUGGAAUGGGAAAGAUUAUCCUGAAUGUGAAUCACCGAGUACUCCUCCUUUACGAAAUCCUGUAAAUAAUGACUCAUUAAUAAUACCUACUACUACUAUUACUACUACUACUACUGAUAUGUCACAUAGUGCAAUCACUUCACCACCAAAGCAAGCUGAAGACUCUAAAUCACCAGGUGAAAUUGAGACAACUGAUUUAAAGGUUUUGGAUAUACCAGAGAAAAACAAUCCAAUGGAAAAUUCAAAUAUUGUACAACCUAAACCAACUUAUCCGUUUCGGAGAAAAGCUCGUGGUCGAGGAAGAGAUAAAUACAGAGUAUCUGCAUUCAAUAGUCUGUUUCAGAAUCCACUUCGACCGAACAGUUCUAAAUCACUUUCUGUUAAAUCAAAUGAUGUUCCACAAAGUUUGCCAAAUACACCUUUAUCCAAACCUGAAAGUAAUUUUGGUGAUGAACAACCUGUUGCAUCUACUCCGAUAGGCCGUUCGGAUAGUUCCAGGCAAACAAGAUCCGUCUUUAAACUUGGUCAAAGAUCUGUAGAGUUAAAAGCUGAUUCUCAUGAUAUUAAAAGUGAAUCUAUUGCCAUGUCACCUCCUAUCGUUAACGAGAAUGAGAUUAUAAACUCUCCAGCAUCCGACAUAACUGAACCCAUGACUUAUGCUGAACGGGCAGAACUUCUAAGGAUUCCGUUUUCAGAUGCUAGUGAUGUGAAGGGUAUGUCAUCUUCUACUGGUGCAACUGCGACGUGUAGUAGUCACUUUUUAAAGUCGGACACUUCUGUCUUCAACAAAGAAAGCUUUGGAAAACUGCAGCAGCAUGCAUCAGCUGCUUUAAGAUCUCUACCCUCUUCGCCAUCAUCUCUUGAUUCUUCUCUAUGUUCGUCUUCGUCAUCGUCAUCAGUGUCAACUCCAAAGAUUCCACCCGAAGAACCACUAGCUACGAAGUCGGAAGUAAACGAAACAAAAAGUGAUAACAUUAAGCAUGAUAUAUUUCGAUCUAACCAAGAUUCAAAUAAAUCUUUGUUCCCGAAUCCAUGUAUUCAGACUACUGUGGAUACGAAUCUGUCACCUGUAAUCUCACCAAAUCAUGUACAACCGUCGCCUGUUGUUUCUUGUAUUAAUACAACCAGUACUACCUAUCGUAGUUUGCCUUCACCAAUUCAACCUGCAGGUGUUGGCCCACCUCCUCUUCUUCCUUUAUCCAAUAAGUUAACGGAACAGAAAAGUUGCGUUUCAUCCUAUCCUGUGACAUCCAAAGAAAAUGAAUGUGUUCCCGUUCUCCCACCUACUUUAGUGCCUUCAUGUACUGUUGAUCCGGACUACUCAAAGUUGAAGCAAACCGAUUCGGUCACAGCUUCUAGGACCUGCUUCCUCACAAAUUCUCAGUCAUUAUCAUCCAAACCAUCAGGUGAUAAUAGUAACAAUAAUGGAGGAUUACGUAUCACCAUCAAGUUAGGUGGAAGUGCACUAAAGGAGGAACUUGCUUCUUCUCUUUCUCCUACAUCUUCAUCGUCUUCAUUAUCCUCGUCAGGGUCUACAUCAGAAGAUGAAGACACUGCAACUCAUUAUACACCAGCAUUAAAUCCAAUUCAUGCCGUCAAAAAGGAGUCAAAUGAAAUCUACUUAACGAAGGACAGAUCUGAUGGAUAUACUGGGUCAUUGUCUCAGUCUACAAUAUCGUCGGAGAAAACACCAAAACUUGUUAUUCGCUUUGGUAAUGGCCCUGUCACAUCUGUUCAAUCACAGUCUGUUACAUCUUCCCACAUCCAAUCCGAUGCCCAAAGUGUAACACCUCAUUCAGAAAAUCCCCCUCCACUUAUCGACAGGAAGUAUCCAACUUCUCUUAGUUCUGCCCCUCCUCCUCCUCUGCAGCUAACCAUUUCUCGAGAUAGACUAAAGUACAGAGGACGAACUGCUUCACAAGGUAGUGAUUCGAAUGCAUCAAAUACCAGUUCUACGAUCACAGGAAGUCUUUCGAGUAGUGAAGGAGAAGAAGAGGAAAAAGUGACCGUUCAACCUCACAUCAGCCCUACAGGGACCGCAGCCUUACCACCACCACCUUCUUUAGAACGUCUACCUCCCAGAUCAGGCCAAAGUGGUCCCCAGCCGAUUAAAAUCACUACUGAAGGACGAUUGCCUCAUCGAUCUCAGCCGCCGCCGCCGCCACCACCACCUUCAUUGACCUCCAGCGUAAGCAUAUCAAGUGAUCUACCACCAUUAAGGCAAAAAGUUUCUGUCACUUCAGGCGUCACGAACGGUCCGAAUACUUCUGCUACUCACUGCCAUCUCCCACCGCUCCUCCCUCUUUUCAAUCCAGUUGGAGAAGAGAAAGAACCUGUUUCAUCACCUCUGCCUCAUUCGGACACAGUUUUAACACAUCAAUCUUCUUUGAGUAAGCGAUCUAAGUCAAAUUCACGGUUUGUUCGUGGAAAGAAAAGAAACCAUCCAGAUCAAAGCUCACAUUUUCCUUUGGCUAAACGUAGAGCAGUGCAUCAGUCAAGUAGAAAUGUUACAUCAGGUGGUCGCACUGAAUCUUCAGCUGUUGUUCAACGGCCUCGUGCUACAGUGGACUCUGUUUUCACAGAUGAUGAAAGUGAUGUUAAAAAUGAUGACCGAUCUCCUUUAAUAUCCCCAGUUUCGUCGAUUGAAGCAACGGAUAGUCAAAGAUCUAUCCGUACUUCUAAUAGUCGAAAUAUGUAUUUAGCUAAUCCUCCUUUAGAUUCUUUAACAUCCCUGCCUAACUCCAUUCCUCCUCCCCCUCCCCCUCCUUUGAAAACCCAACCAAGGACCAAACACACUAGUUUAUUUAACAAAAAAUCCUUAUAUCGUCCAGCCACAAAGUCAUCUCGAACUCCUAGUACUAAAAGUAGUUCUACAUUAGUAAAAAGUGAAAAAAGUUGUGGCCAGAUCAAACCAAUACCUGUGUCCCCAGUUGCAACUCCUCAAGUCAUCACUUCUAAGAUUGUACCUCGUGAAACUGCUUCACAAAUUGUCGUUGAAUCUGCCGGCAGUUCAUAUUAUUUCAACAAUAAUGGUGAACAGAUAUGGUUGUGUCCUAUUUGUCUACUAGAAGACGAUGGGAAUUUAAUGAUCGGAUGCGACAGUUGUGAAGAUUGGUACCACAGUACAUGUCUUGGACUUACAAAAGCACCUGAAGUUCCACAAUGGUUUUGUCCAAAGUGUUCACAAAAACCGUUACCUACAAAUCCACGUAUGAAUAUUCCAAGUAAAACAUCUGUUGUUCCCCCUUCAAGUAAAAGUAAUUCUCAUAUUAUAUUAAAUUCAAGUCAUAAUUCUAAACAUUCAGAACGUGAAAUAGGCUCAAAAAAAUCUAAAUCUAAACCUAAACGGUGAUGAAUAAUGAUAACAAUAAUAAUAAUAAUAUGCUAAUAUAUUACUGUUUUUGAACUUUCAAAAUCAUAAAACUGCCUUUUACUUUUUUCUCUUUUAUUGCUGUUUUCUUGCUCAUUGUACAUAUUUGUAUAUUACAUUCAGAUAAGAAAAAAUAUUAAUUUUUUUCCUUUUACUUUUUUUGUGUUUUUUUUGAUUUAUACUCUCCCUUCCUUUCAGACUUGUAAUUGAAACUUUUAUCCUCCUCCCGCAAGAAAAAGUCCAUUACUUUUAGAUGGUUUUUAUUCCUAUAUUUCUUUCCAUUGUGAGUCUGUGUGGGUGUGUGUGUAGCAUAAUAAUAUAUUUUAAUUUAAAGAGAAAUAAUUGUCUCUUCAUUUGUGAUUGGACGCACUAGUCACAGUGACUACUACUAGUGUGCAAUUGUGUCUAGUCCUUCCUAUCUCUGGUGAAGACUGCUUCCUGGCCGAUUGCCUCCAAUCAUCUAUUACCAAUUAAUUUUCCCUUCAUACUUAACACAUAAAUACAUUUUUAUACUUCAUUUUUAUUGAAGGUGUUUAAAAAAGUGUAUUAUGUGAUUGAAAUAUAAAAUAGAAAAAGAGAUGUCUUAAUAGAAAUAACUUAAAUUUUG